AUGAUUGGAGAGAUUGGUGCUGGUAUCCAGAUGGGCCCAAAUCUGACCCGCCUUCUAAUCCGCUUGGGUCUGGGCAAGCGCCUUGCUGUCAAGCCCGAAGGAUUGGUCUUCGAGCGAUGGUGCGCCGGCGAGACUGCUGCAUGGUCAAUGUGGGGAGACACUAUGGAGGAAGAGUGUGGGGCUCCUUGCUAUCACAUCCACGUUGAGUUUGAGCUUCACUUGCGUUCUGAUUUUCAUCGCAUGGUGCUUGAACUGGCAGAGCCUCAUCGUACCAUUCGCAUGAAUUGCCGGGUUGUUUCCAUGGACACGUCAAAACCUACACUCACUCUCGAAUCUGGCGAUGGCUUAGUCAUCAGUGCUGAUGGACUUCAAAGGCCACUAUCCCGACAGAAAAGCUUCUUCAAGACCCAGACCUCCGACCCUUGGCCCAAAAAUUCUGAAAUGGUCGGUUGGAUAGGUCUACGACGCCAUAUCAUGGGGUAUAACAUUCGCGGUCAAAGAGAGUAUGGUCUCGUGGUGGCGCGUCCCGACGGCGGCGGCGAGGAAUCAUGGACUGCCACGGGCAGCGCGGGCAAAAUGAGAGCUGAGUUUGCUGGUUGGGAACUUCGCCCUCCUGAAACUUGGAUACACAAGGACGGGAAACUGGUUCUUUUGGGAGACCUCAUGCUUGUAGGUCUCAUUAUCUCCGUUUAG